AUGGAAUCGAACAAUGGCGCUAAUGAGCCACGAGAUGCUAACGACAAAGAGGUUUAUCGGUGCAGACUAAAGCUUGUGCUGCUCGGUGAAUCCUCUGUGGGAAAGACUUCCAUAGUUACCAGGUUCACGACAGGAAAAUUCCAAAGAAACAAUGCUACCAUUGGUGCUGCAUUUCUUAAUAAGAAUAUUCGAUGGGUUGAUGAGGAUAAUAUUUAUGAGGUUGAUUUAGAAAUUUGGGAUACAGCGGGCCAAGAGCGUUACAGAUCGUUGGCACCAAUAUAUUAUAGGAACACAGAUGUGGCUCUGAUCGUGUUCGAUGUUACUAGUUCGAACACUUUCCAGAAGGCAAGAAGUUGGGUUGAUGAAUUGAGAUCAUAUUUGGAUAAUGAGCAAGGCAAAGAAAUUCAACUUUAUUUAAUCGGGAAUAAAUGUGAUUUGGAGCAUGAGAGUAUUGCGAAAACAGCUAUAUUGGAUAUGUGUACUUUUAAAGAAGUCAGUGCCAAACGUGAUGAAGGCAUUCAGGAAUUAUUUGAAGAGAUUGCUAGAGGCAUACCGACGGAUAAAUUUAUUCUUCAAAGCCCAUCGAACCAACUGGAUGUCACUGAUAAUAAUUGUACCGUCAUGCUGAAAAAGUCAUUUGAUGAUUUGAGUAAGAAUGUCGGUUGUAAUUACUGUUAA